AUGGAUAAAUCGCUCCCAGCGUUUUCCCGUGGGACACUGCUAGUUGUAUCGAGAGUGGUGGCCGAUGGUGACGAAGACGCGCGUUGUCGUUUCUGGGCUGGUCUAGUGUUCGUUGGUCCAGACUCUGUUAUAUUGAGUCCAACACCACCUACGUUUGUGGUAAGAGGACAAAGUCUAAAUAUCACCUGCGCCACUGAAUGUAACCCGCCAUGUUCCUAUUCCUGGACACUGGGGAGUCAACACAUCACGUCAGACUCAAUGCUGACACUGACAGACAUCAACUGGAAUCAAACAGAAAACUCAUACAUGUGCACAGCCAAGAAUGUUGCUUUAGACACAACACGAAACAAAGAGUUCCUGCUCGUAGUUCACAAUCAAGCUCUGACUUUGAACUCUCAGUCUACAAAGGUUACAGUUGAUGAGCUGACUCCUAUGACUCUGAGAUGUGAAGUUAACGGUAACCCAGGAUCUCACAUCAAACUGUUGAACAACUCACAUAUUCUCCAUGAAGUGAAAAACUCUACAAUUGCUGAAUAUGCAUGGGACGAGGCUGGAUGUUUGGAUACGGGACGCUACAUAUGUGACACGGAGAACAACACCAAGUCAGCCGUUGAACUGGUCGUUAAAUGUUCACCACGACUUGACCAUCGCGUUCCAUUCCGUAAGAUAUUUCCAGCAUUAGUCGGUGGUGAUGCAAUUCUGAUGGUGUCAGUAAUUGCCAAUCCAGCACCAUCAUUCACCUGGUACAAGCUCACUGAUGGAAAAGUAAUCCAUCUUGGAUCUGGCAAGGCUUCCACAACCGACACAACUGCUGUUGGAGAUUUCAUCAUACGACCUGUUAAGCAAGAAGAUUCUGGAGUCUACCAGGUUAUUGUGUCCAAUGGAGUUACAAGACAAAAUCUUGUCAUAAACGUCGUACUUAGCGCUAAAGACUUCCCUGAAAAUUUCAACCUUCUGGCGGUGGUACUAGGCACUGUAUUAGGACUACUGGUCGUGUUGCUGCUUCUUGCCAUGGCUAUUUACUUCUGUCGGAUGAGAAACAAAGGUGUCAGAAACGGACUAAACGUAGAAAAGGAUGAAUACAAACAUGCAUACGCACAACCACAUGCGCGCUAG